AUAUUCUACCAUUGAACUUAGAAAAUCCUGAUAAUCAUAAAAAUAUAGGUCGUGCAUGGCUUUUACCAUUACUUAAAGACCAUAUUAGAAAUACUGAGCUUAAUUAUUUUAUUCAGGAAAUUGUUCCUUUAAGUGAGAGGCUCGCACAUAAAUCCUUAGAUUUUCAGAAACAAAAUCGGAUGAUAGAAGCAAAAGUUUAUGAAACAUUGACUCAACAAUUAUGGGCACUUUUACCCGGAUUUUGUGAUCUUCCUUUGGAUUUACCUCAUACGUUCACAAAUGUUACAGCUGAAUUGUUCAGUAAUGUAAUGUAUCAAAAACCUGAACUUCGACCAACUAUUGCUCUUGCACUUGAGAAUUUGGUUAAGAAAAACUAUAUUAUUAUAGAGUCGAAUGAAGAUAAUAAUGAACUAAAGAAAAAAUAUGAUUCAG